GAAAAGGCAUUAGUUUCUUUGGUUAAAAACCUAGAUAAAGCCUAUACUGAACCUACCCCUAAUCAUAUACGAACGGCCGCUGGUCGUCUAUUAAAAAUGUCGGGUUCGGAUUAUGGUAGCAUGCAUAUAGAGGAGUGGUAUGAAAAUAUCACUACGCCUAAGGGCUGGAUUAAUGAUAAAACAGCCCUCUAA